CGGUGAACUGUCAACUGGCUCGGGCUAUAUGUGAAUAGUCCGAUCUCGAUAAUGACAUCGGAGCACAACGCUCGUUCAAUUCAGCGAGAAGAGAGAGGGCACCAGGUUCUGCAAUCAUAUGCCAUCAGCGAACACGCAAAACGCUAAUAUCCAUUAUAGCAAAACAACGAAGGAAACUUCGCAGUAGCAACCCAAACGAUCACGGCAAUGACGCUGGCUUCCGCAGCAUUGAGCUUACGCUUGUCAAUGAAAUCUUGGCAGCUCAUCCCUCGCUCUUUACAUUUGGUCUCCAUGCAGACCACUGGCCCUUCCUUCGCUCGCCAGAUAAGCAUGGAUGCAAAGACUGUUGCUUCUCAGCUUAAUAGUUCUGGUCUGCUGCGGACUCAGGGCCUUAUUGGAGGCAAAUGGAGUGAUGCCUAUGAUGGCAAAACCAUAAAGGUUUAUAAUCCAGCAACCGGUGAAUCUAUAACAGAUAUUGCAUGCAUGGGUGGAAGAGAGACAAAUGAUGCGAUAUCUUCAGCCUAUGAUGCAUUUCAAUCUUGGAGCAAAACUACUGCUGCUGAGAGGAGUAAACUUCUGAGAAAAUGGUAUGAUUUGCUAAUGGCGCACAAGGAAGGGCUUGCUCAACUCAUAACCUUAGAGCAAGGAAAGCCUCUUAAAGAAUCUAUUGGGGAGAUAAAUUAUGGGGCUAGUUUUAUUGAGUUUUCGGCAGAGGAGGCAAAGCGUGUAUAUGGAGAUAUAAUUCCUGCACCGCUACCUGAUCGACGGCUAUUUGUUUUAAAGCAGCCUGUAGGGGUUGUUGGUGCUAUCACACCUUGGAACUUUCCUUUGGCUAUGAUUACCCGGAAGGUUGGUCCAGCCCUUGCGUGUGGCUGUACAGUGGUCAUUAAGCCCUCUGAACUUACUCCUCUCACAGCGUUGGCUUCAGCAGAGCUUGCAAUUCAAGCUGGAAUACCAGCGGGUGUUGUGAAUAUAGUAAUGGGAAAUGCUCCUGAAAUUGGGGAUGCUAUACUUGCAAGUCCACAGGUAAGGAAGAUUACAUUUACGGGCUCAACAGCAGUUGGAAAAAAGUUGAUGACAGGUGCUGCUGGAACAGUUAAAAGAGUAUCUCUGGAACUUGGUGGCAAUGCCCCUUGCAUAAUAUUUGAUGAUGCUGAUCUUGAUGUGGCAGUAAAAGGAACUGUUGCAGCGAAGUUCCGUAAUAGUGGACAAACAUGUGUAUGUGCCAAUCGAAUUCUUGUGCAAGAAGGUAUCUAUGAGAAAUUUGCAGCUGCUAUUCUUGAAGCUGUUAAGAAUAUGAAAGUUGGGGACGGUUUUAGUGAAGGUGUGGUUCAGGGGCCUCUAAUCAAUGAAGCUGCCGUUGAAAAGGUGGAAUCCUUACUUCAUGAUGCUACCUCAAAGGGAGCAAAAGUAAUUCUUGGGGGUAAAAGACAUAGCCUUGGAUCAACGUUUUAUGAGCCUACAGUUGUCACUGAUGUCAACAAUGAGAUGCGCAUAUCAAGAGAGGAAGUGUUUGGACCAGUUGCUCCUCUUUUGAGAUUUAAAACUGAGGAGGAGGCUAUCAAGAUCGCCAACGACACUAAUGCAGGGUUGGGUUCGUAUAUAUUUACGAACAGUGUUCAACGUUCUUGGCGUGUUGCUGAGGCUCUUGAAUAUGGACUUGUCGGUGUAAAUGAAGGAGUAAUUUCAACGGAGGUUGCUCCAUUUGGCGGGGUCAAACAGUCUGGCCUUGGAAGAGAGGGCUCCAAAUAUGGAAUGGAUGAAUAUUUGGAGAUCAAAUAUGUCUGCUUGGGAAACAUGAACAAAGACUGAACUGCGAGGGAUGCUCAUGUUCUGAUGCCAUGAUAUGAUCAUCCACGACGAUCGAUGAGCUGUUCAAAUGCCUUUGGAGAGUUUGGAAGAGGGAGUGACUCUUGUGUUCAGCCAUUGCAGAAGCAGCAUGUGAAAGCACCUCCUGUGUAUAUAUAAUAAGUGCGGGCAGAGAACGGAUUUUUGGACUAAUCUAUCUCUUUUCUCAGUCUCUUUUCUUCCGUAAUUUAAUUUCUGAGGUAUUUUGCAUGAACAGUGAUGCUUCUUUCAAGUUAUUUUCCCCACUUUUCUUUUCUCUACUGUUACAUUUAUGAUUCAGGGACGUGAAAAUGCUGCAAAUCCUUCAAACUUUGCUUUGAUAUGGUUUUUAAUGGUUGCCAUAGCUUGCCCGCCCCAAGUAAGGGAAAAUUUACAAGUCUCUUUCUUUCUCU